UUCUCCCCAAAAAGAGAAACGGGCACACUGCGCGAAUCGUAUGGUGAUGUGUUAAAACCAAAAUUUUGAAUACAAUUCACGGAGCCAGGAAGAUGAACUACAAUCCGAACGCGGGUAUGCGGAACCGUAAGUGGGAGAACUCCCCAGCUGCCGGUCGCCCAAGGCCGUCGAAACGUGUCAGCGAUGUGAACGCCAUGGGCCCCACGGCCCCGAUGAUGGGCGGUGGCGCCACCUUCAUGGCCCCGCCAGCCGGCCCUGGAAUGCUGGACCCCAACAUGUACGGAGCACCGGCUCCGGCGCCGAUCAACAGCUACGGCUUUGACCAGCCAUCGCAGCACAUGCAGCAGCCGCAGCAUCCGCCACAACAGCAAACAGGUUAUGGCUACGGAGCACCACCCCAGCCCCAGCAAGCGGCCGCUCCGCCCGCCUUCGGAAUGGGCGCUCCACAGCCGGGUGGCCAGGCACCCAUGCCUACUGGACAGUACCCACAGUUCGCCAUGUUCCAGCAGCCCAUCGUCCAGGACAUGGCCAUGCAGUACGGCCAGCGGCUGGCAGAUCAGGGCAAGCAGCUGGUGGAGAACCAGUUCGAGAAGUGGGUGCCCGUGGCCAAGCUCAAGUACUACUUUGCCGUGGACAACGCCUACGUGGGCAGGAAGCUGCGCCUGCUCUUCUUCCCCUACAUCCACAAGGACUGGUCCCUGCGGUACGACCAAGAGCACCCAGUGCAGCCGCGCUACGAUGUCAAUGCCCCGGAUCUCUAUCUGCCCACCAUGGGCUACAUCACGUACGUGAUCGUGGCGGGUCUGCUGCUGGGCAUGCAGAAGCGCUUCUCGCCGGAGCAGCUCGGCAUCCAGGCGUCCAGCGCCAUGGCCUACAGCAUUUUCGAACUGGUCAUCUACUCCAUAGCCCUGUACGUGAUGAAUGUGAAGACGAGCUUGAAGACCCUGGAUCUGCUGGCCUUCACGGGCUAUAAGUACGUGAAUAUAGUCGUCUGCCUAAUGGCCAGCACGCUGUUCUUCAAGUCCGGCUACUUUAUAGCGCUGGCCUACACCAGUUUCUCCUUCGGCUUUUUCCUACUGCGCACCCUGCGGACGAAGCUGCUGCAGGACAAUUCACCAGCUGCCCCCAGCGGAGCCAUUAACUACGAUCCUUACGGGAAUCCGCAGCAGUUCGACUACAGCGGCGGGAAAAAGCGGAAGCUCUACUUCCUGUUCAUGGUCGUCGUGGGCCAAGCCCUGUUCGCCUUUCUCCUCUCCAAGCACUUGUAUCUGCCCGAGGCGGAGAUGCUGGCGAUGCCCAAGACCUUCUAACCACCAGGCUUGAUAGAUUAAUUUGCCGACUUCUCCUUGGGUUAACCGGGAUCGGGAAGCCAACGUGCAUGUUGAGCGGUUCGUUCCGGAGGCCAAGGCCAAGUCAUUUCCAGCAUGUCAAAUCCCCUCAGUUGUAGUUGUAGUGUGGUAGAAGCGAUCAACUGAGAUUCGCGCGAGAUAAGCAUAUUUUUGUUAGUAACGAAACACAUUUUAUAAAUAAAUACCAGCUACAAAAUCGAA